GCACCAUGUAUGCGUAAUUUCCAAUGAGGAAGGUUGCGUUUUUGCGUCGUCUAUUGCUCGUUAUGCGGUAGUCAUGCCUUGCUGCUUGCCGGAAUACGUUCGUGUGCUGUUCGUUUGAAGUGGUUCGCAAAAUCAAAUAUAGUGUUGGCUUUACCAUCUUAUUCACUAUUAUAUUUAUCGCUUAAUGUUAAUCAUUAAAACAGCAGUGUCAUUUUUUAUUUAGAUUUCUUCACAUUUUAAUAAUUUAUUGAAAAAAAAUGCACGCCAUUGUUGCCAUUUAUUAGAUAUAAUCAGAAUUUUGUGUACAUAUGCAUACAUGAAUAAGCAAAACAGCAGGAAAGAAUAUUUCUCUUGCGAAUUUCCUUAUUUAAGGAAAUACAAACCGGUUAUAAGAUGAAAAAUCAGACGUUCAAGUAAUUACACUACUUUUAGACAAUGGCCUUCAACAACGAUAAUUCCGGAAGACUCGGCAUGCAUGACUAUCGCUUCGAUGUUUUCUGCAUGGAAAGGAACGAUUGCGUGGAAGGCGUGACAAACGAGAUGAAGGCAAUAUGAUUACAAAAUUGUUUGAAGAAUUAAGUUUGUUUCCGUAAUUGGCAAUAUCACAUUGGAUACACACAUUUACUUACGAGGCAUAAAGAGCGAAAUCAAUUUUUUUUUGUGAUUUUGACACGACAAUAGUUUGACGAUGUAUUCAUCAAGCAUCGUACUUUGGUGUCACGUGCUCCUGUUUAUCAUUUCGUCCUCGGACUCUCUGGGAAAUUCUACGAACAAUGAUAAUCAGAGAGACAACUCAACGGUGCGGUACGAUUUUCUCGUAAAUCCUAAAAAUCGAGAUGACAAAAUGCAGUUGAUGCUCUCCAAUUUGCACGAAAAUUCUACUCAAAAUGACGAUGAAAUACAAUAUGAGCUUCAUAUUAAUUCUACGGCCAACGAUCGCAAGAACUCGCUACGAUACGAGACUCACGAGAAUAUUAUGAUGAGUCACGAAGAGAAUAAUCAGAUGCGCACGGAAUCCCACAUGAACUUCGUCAGAGUCAAUGACGAGGACGAUUUCACGUUGCGGGCAUUGAAUGAGAGUCUCGCGAAGACAGAAAACAAAAGCAAUUCCACAUUGUACGAAUACGGAAAUUUCAAUAGAGGUAGCUAUAACGAUAAUGUGGGUAUCAUUGUUUCACAUGAAAUGUGUGGCAACAAGACAAUCUGCAUUCAACUCUGCUGCCCUUUUGGCGAUCGUCUAACGUCAGGAGGGAAGUGCAUCAUUGGGCAGGACAAUUACUCUUUUCCAUACGUCUACCAGAACGGUUCCGAGAAAAAAAAGUUGGACCAACUGUUUCAACUGACCGUCCGCGAUCCAUGCGUUCUGCAAAGAACCGCGCAUCGCACUCUUAGUCCUGAUGAAUACUCGUUUCUCGUCAACGGCUCUUUAUACCAAGAUUCUGGCAAGCUCGUUCCAUCGAUGUCUUACUGCCUCGCCGCCUUGGACCGAAACAUUUACGAUGCGAUCGUUUGCAUGUAUCCGAUUGGCUUUCCGACAUAUAUAUCCGUGUGCCUCUUGGUGUCCUUGCCGUUCCUGCUGCUGACGUUCGUGGUAUAUUCCAUAUUGACGGAGGUCCAGAACAUACAUAGUUACACGUUGCGUGUAUACGUCGCCUCGUUAUUCAUCACGAAUUUGCUCAUAUUUUGCGUCCAAGAAAUUCCCGAAUUAUCUGAAUGGAAAUAUUGCAUACCACUGGUCUACGUUUUUAAUGUCACAAUGUUAUCCGGUUGUUUUUGGCUAAACGCAACAUGCUACGACAUUUGGUGGACAUUCAGAAAACUCAAUUUACAUCGAAGAAGCGUAAAAAACAAGAGAAGAAAAUUCGUAAUGUAUUCCAUCUAUGCCUGGGGAAUCACCUUUGGUUUAACUAUCGCUUGUGCUAUUAUGGAUUAUGCUCCCGGCAUACCGAAAGAUUUAAUUCGACCGGAAAUGUGCACAAAAAAAUUUUGGUUUGGUCGAGAUGAAGCCCUAACGAUGUAUUACUAUGCACCCACAGGAGCCGCUUAUAUUAGCAACGUUUGUUUCUUCAUAGCCACGGCAAUAGCGAUUCUGUAUCAUAAUAAACAUACCGCUCAUCGCCUGAGUGAUUCAGAGAGCCGGCGCUACGAUAAAAAAAAGCGCAAAUUUAAUAUGUAUCUGAAGCUGUUCGUAGUGAUGGGAAUAAGCUGGAGUAUGGGUAUAAUAUUAUGGUUGAUCAACGCCAAUGAUUCUAUACCGCAAAUCGUCUGGAAUAUUAGCUACACGAUAGAUAUCUUGCAAGGAAUUCCUAUUUUCAUCAUAUAUGUAUGCAAAAAGAAGAUCUUGCGACUAUUGCUAAAACGAUUCGGUUAUCAUGAUCGCGAUCCGUUUUGGAAUAUUUCAAGAAACACUCAGCGUACUGGAACAUCCUCAAAUUUUUCCUCCCUCUCUUCGAUAUCGGGAUCAGUGCACAUGCAAAAGAUUAAUACGUCUGCCAUUGAGCAGACUAAUCAUCAACCUAAUGCAACACAAAGGGAGAAUUUUAUUAUGAAUGAGCAGUAAAUCAACAUCAUAAUUUAAUUCUCCAAUCGAGGAGGAUUAAUCUUACAUUUAUGUCUUGCUUUUUUUGGAUACAUUAAUUGCAUAUAUGUGAAAUAAAACUUCAUGAAGGUCUCAUAAAGUAUGUAUAAUUAUUAUAAAUUGUAUUGUAUUAGAAGUAUGUAAAUCACUAAUGAAAUAUAAUGAUAAAGAAAUCUUAAAUA